GGUAGCGUUUUAUCCCAAAACCGCUACUUGAAUGGCGGUUUCCUCAUUAUUCCUCGUCAAUUUUAUUCACUGUUGAACUUCUCAUUUUUAUUUCUUCCUUACUCUCUGCCAUUGAAGCGUACUCUGAAUUCUCCAUUGAAGCGGCUUCUGAGCUUUCUCUCCGCCAUUUAAGCAGCUUCUGAGGAAUUUGUUUAUAACCCUUUGAUGCUAGGACGGAACUAUGAAAAUGGAUCUUUUUUCCCGGGAACGGCCUCCCAUCGUGCCCUGGCUCAGGGACAGGCCUGCCAAGAAAUCGGAUACAUACACAUUGAUCAAAACGAAUUUUCAUAUAGGAAGCACAAGAAGCAGAAAGAGGAAGAUAUUGUCAUUUGUGAAUGCAAAUUCAAUCCUAGUGACCCUGAGAGUGCUUGUGGUGAUGGAUGUCUGAAUGUACAUACCAGUACAGAGUGCACUCCUGGUUAUUGCCCUUGUGGUGUAGUUUGUAAGAAUCAGAAAUUUCAGAAAUGUGAAUAUGCAAAAACCAAGUUAUUCACAACCAAUGGUCGUGGAUGGGGUCUUCUUGCUGAUGAAGAAAUUAAGGCUGGACAGUUCAUCAUUGAAUAUUGUGGUGAAGUAAUCUCAUGGAAAGAAGCUAAGAGUAGAGCUCAAGCUUAUGAAACCCAAGGUCUCAAGGAUGCAUACAUUAUAUCUCUUAAUGCCUUCGAAUCUAUUGAUGCAACUAGGAAGGGAAGCCUCGCUAGAUUCAUCAAUCAUUCAUGUCAUCCAAAUUGUGAAACAAGGAAGUGGACAGUGUUGGGGGAAAUAAGGGUUGGCAUAUUUGCUAAGCAUGAUAUUUCAGUUGGAACAGAACUAGCAUAUGAUUACAACUUUGAAUGGUAUGGUGGUGCAAAGGUGCGGUGUCUCUGUGGUGCUGCUAGUUGUUCUGGAUUUCUCGGGGCAAAAUCUCGUGGUUUCCAGGAAGACACGUAUCUGUGGGAAGAUGAUGAUGACAGAUACUCCGUUGAGAAAAUUCCUCUGUAUGACUCAGCUGAAGAUGAAGCUUCAAUGCAAACGGUUACAAGUACAAACUCCUCCAAAAUUGAAUUUAUGAUGGAUGCCGAUCAUACAAUUGAUUCUACUCUGCUGAAUAUUGAUCCACUUGCUUCUAUUCCAGCAAAUGGUCUUGCAUCCAUCUCCCGAAAUUAUCCUCUAGCUAAGAAAAAGCUAAAACGUUUGCCCAAGGGAAAGUCUAAAAUUUUGGCACAAAAGGAAUUUAAUGCUAAGUAUGUUGUCUCCCUUCUAGAAGCAAAAGAAGCACAACAAGAGAUCCUGAUGUAUGAGGAAAUGAAAACUGAUGCAAGCUCCAAUCUUGAAUCUUUGUACAAUGAAAUAAGACCCGCUAUUGAAGAGCAUGAAAGAGAUACACAAGAUAGUGUACCAACAAGUGUAGCAGAGAAGUGGAUAGAUGCAAGCUGUGUAAAAUUGAAAUCCGAAUUUGAUCUGUAUUUCUCUGUCAUUAAGAAUGUCGUGUGCGCUCCAAAGAACUCUCGUGACGUCAGGCAACCAGGUAAUGAUAUGGAUAAUGGAGUUAUGCUGUUGACUAAUCAAUGAUAUCAUGCAUACUGUUAAUCUAACCUGUAGUUUCAAUUGUUUCACAUUAAGGUUGUAAAAAUGAGAAGCGAAUAGGAAUAGGUUUGCCAACUGUUGUAGUUGUAGGCAACCUCAUUUUUAUCUGUUGGGAGUAGACACUAGACAAAUGUACAUUGCAAUUAUUCUUGUCCUGCAGAAUGUUUUUUUUUUUUUCAAGAAAAAAAGUAGAGGUUAGGAGUACAA